AGCCUCUCUUCAUACUGUACUGUCUUUGGUGCACCCGCUUUCAACUUGUGAAAAACAUCUAGCAAACGUUUUGGAAGAGGUGUUCAAAGACUGAAGUAACUAUUUUAGCUAGAUAAUCAAUACAUAUGGCUCGUAAUGCGGAGAAGGCCAUGACGGCCUUGGCCCGGUUCAGAAAUGCUCAGAUGGAGGAGGGCAAAGUCAGGGAGAGGAGACCGUUUCUGGCCUCAGAAUGUACGGAGCUGCCUAAAGCAGAGAAGUGGAGACGACAGAUUAUCAGUGAGAUCUCCAAGAAAGUUGCUCAAAUUCAAAACGCUGGUCUGGGAGAGUUUAAGAUCCGGGACCUGAACGAUGAGAUCAAUAAGCUGCUGAGAGAGAAAGGUCACUGGGAGGUCAGGAUCAAGGAGCUGGGAGGACCUGACUACGGGAGAGUGGGACCAAGGAUGCUGGACCACGAAGGAAAGGAGGUCCCAGGAAACAGAGGAUAUAAAUACUUUGGAGCGGCUAAAGACCUGCCUGGAGUCAGAGAGCUGUUUGAGAAAGAACCCAUCCCUCCUCCCAGGAAGAGCAGAGCUGAGCUGAUGAAGGACAUCGAUGCUGAGUACUACGGAUACAGAGAUGAGGACGAUGGUGCGCUUGUCCCGCUGGAGCAGGAGUACGAGAAACAAGUGAUAUUGGAAGCAGUGGAGAAAUGGAAAGCAGAGAGAGAAGCGCGUCUGGAAGGAGGAAGAGAGGAGGUGGAGGAAGAGGAGGAACACAUGUAUGCUAUAAAGGAGGAUGAGCAUUCAGAUGACGAGUCUAGAGAACAGAUGGAAGGAGAGGACGGAACUCUCACAUCUUUUAUCGCUCACGUCCCUGUGCCGUCUCAGAAAGAGAUUGAGGAGGCAUUGGUGAGAAGGAAGAAGAUGGAGCUCCUUCAGAAGUACGCCAGUGAGACCCUGAUGGCCCAAAGUGAAGAAGCCAAGACACUACUGGGUCUGUAGUGGAGAUCUAUCUCUAUAGAUCUAGGACUGAAUGGGCUGUAGUGGAGAUCUAUCUCUAUAGAUCUAGGGCUGAAUGGGCUGUAGUGGAGAGAGGGAGGGGAGAUCUAUCUCUAUAGAUCUAGGGCUGAAUGAGUGUAUUAAUGUUGUGAUGAGGUGUCAUGGCCUGCUUUUCCCAGACUAUAAAUAUCGAACUCCUUCCUAUUCUUAGUGCUAUACUAAUCAGAGAGUUGGCUGUAGCAGGAACAGGCCUGGGACCAGGUUAGUCAUGUGAAGGGGAUAAAUGUCUUGGUCUGUUGGAUGUGUUGGUCCACAUCGUGUUACAUCAUCAUGUACAUGCCAUUAUUGUAAAUAAAUAACUUCUUUUUUUUACAAUUUUACAUUUUCCCAAGUAAACUUUCUCUAUUUUAAUCUGAAUAAAUAUUGUCCAUCAUUCCGUU